AUGCAACGACCGGGUGGUGAACCUCACGUCGAUUUUACCGCUUUGCACGUCCACAGCGCACCUAGAUCACUUCGACCACACAGCUAACAUUUUCGGCCCUCUACCUCUCCGACAACUCAAUCCGUCAAGGUAAGCAUUCUCUCAUCGUGGCAGAGCCGGGACACGAAAUGAGAAAGAGCUGUCGAUGGCAUAGAUGAGGACCGGGCUGUGAGGGAAGCGUCUGGGAGUGGAAGUCAUUUCAUUCAGUCGGUGGACGGCAGGCACGAACGCCAUGAUGUAGCACAGACCGCGAAGGGGACAUGUGGCUCCACGACGCAACAGGCGGUGGGGGCAAAUCAAGAGCUUUGUACACUCAAGACCGGGUGUGUGGAAGGAGUGCAUGCUGGCACACGGACCUGGCCCUCUCCUGGCCGCUGGACACGCAUUCAUUGCUGCUUCUGCACCCAUUAUCAGUCAUUGUCCAUGCAUCUUUGGAUGAUACAGACUCGCCGCUCUGCGUGCAUGUCUAGUCAAAACGAUGGAGGCGCAGUGAUCAUCCUUUUAGACGAAAGCUGCUCAUUUGCUCACGCCCCAUUCUUGCCUCCUCGCCUGCCGCAGAUGGCUACCGAGCUCAACGUACAAAGCCAGCGUGCUUUCCAGCGCCAAAAGAUCUUCUUGAACGCCAAGUCGACUCGUCACCUCACUCGUGACAAGAGAUGGUACAAGGAUGUUGGUCUUGGCUUCAAGACCCCUCGUGCUGCCAUCGAUGGUGACUACAUCGGUGAGUGUGCCCUUGAGAGACCUCUGGGCGUUGUAAGGGACACCAGAACUCUAGGGGCGGUAGAAUACUCAGGCAAUGACUAGAAUGGGUUGGAGGAUCGUCGAAGCAGUAAAGGGAGACUGAAGGCACGGGUCGGGAAGAGAGGAUCAGGCUUGUCAGGCAUUGGGUUAAGGAAUCGGUGAAAGGAAAGACAGCCAAAGAAACGCUCCUGUUCAUAUUUUGUGCUUGCAAGCUGGCACGACAAAGCGAUUUGCUGAACCAUUUUGCAUCGCUUUUCUCGAUUUCCAGACAAGAAGUGCCCCUGGACCGGCAUGGUCUCCGUUCGUGGUCGUAUCUUGACUGGCAAGGUUGUGUCCACUAAGAUGGAGCGUACCAUCGUCAUUCGCCGAGAGUACUUGCACUACAUUCCCAAGUACAACCGUUACGAGAAGAGGCACACCAACACCCCCGUGCACUGCUCGCCUUGCUUCCGAGUCGACAUCGGUGACACCAUCGUUGCUGGACAGACCAGGCCUCUGUCCAAGACUGUCCGAUUCACUGUCCUCAAAGUGAACAAGGACCGUGGUCUCGUCAAGGCUGCCAAGAAGUUCAGCAAGUUCUAA